GGCCAAUGUGGGUCCUGCUGGGCAUUCAGCUCGGUGGGCGCUCUGGAGGGGCAGCUGAAGAAGAAGACGGGCAAAGUACUUAAUCUGAGCCCCCAAAAUCUCGUGGACUGCGUCACCAGCAACAGCGGCUGCGGUGGGGGCUACAUGACCAACGCCUUUGAGUACGUAAAGGAGAACCGGGGAAUCGAUUCGGACGUCUCUUAUCCCUACAUCGGCCAGGAUGAAAAUUGCAUGUAUAAUCCCACCGGUAAGGCUGCCAAGUGCCGCGGUUUCAGAGAGAUCCCGGAAGGCAACGAGCGGGCUCUGAAAAGGGCCGUAGCCCGGAUCGGCCCAGUUGCGGUGGGCAUCGAUGCCAGCUUGUCUUCCUUCCAGUUCUACAGCCGAGGGGUGUAUUACGAUGAAAACUGCAAUGCCGGUAACAUCAAUCACGCUGUCCUGGCGGUGGGUUAUGGGACUCAAAAGGGCACCAAGCACUGGAUUGUGAAAAACAG